ACAUCACAAUUAUUGUAUUGUUUUCUAUUAAGAAUUUAAAAAACAUUUUGGACAUUCAAACUGGUUGAUCGCCACGGUUCAUUUGAUACCGGAAUUUAACAAGUGCAUAUUGAAAUAUUAUCUUUGAUUUAAGAAAGUUGAAAGUUAACAUGGAUUUGUAAAUAACUGUUAUAAACUAUAUUUUGGUGACAUUCAUUUGAAUCAGAAAAGUUACUCAACAUGGGAUGUGCACCAUCAUCAGAUACCGGCACACAAUAUGCAUCGCUUGGUCACCAUGGAAACACAAAUGUAAGUAGGAAAACUAAAACACCAACAGAUAGCCAACUAUAUGGCAAUACAAAAAAGAGUAGAAAGUCAUCUACAUCAUCGUCUUCAUCGUCUUCAUCAGAUGGUAGUAAAAAAAGCAAAGAAGAAAAUCAGCAAAAUAACGUACACCCUGUUCCGCCACCGCCGGUAAAACUCACAGAAAAUGACAAGAAACAGGAACAGCAAAGGAAAGUCAUAACACCGCCACCACCAGAUCCUGUUCCAACACCUAUGGAAAAAGAAGAGGCACCACCUGUGCUCCCUCCUCCGCCUGUUGAAGAGAAAGAGGACAGAAAACCAAGUCCAGUACCAUCGCCUACUCCUGUAGAACAGGAAGAAGAGCGACAGCCAAGUCCAAAACCACCACCGCCUCAAGAUGAUAAUGACAUGAGAAACCCAACUGACGAUGACAAACAACAGGUACCGCCAACGCCGCAACAGGAAGAAGAGAAACAAAUAACACCGCCACCUCCACAAGAGGAGGAGAAACAAAUAACUCCAUCAGCACCACCGAUGCCUAUACCACCACCAGAUAUGAAUGACGAAACAAGAAAUGGAGGGGAAACGAUAAAACCCGGAAACGACAAUGUCGACUUCGACGAUACUGGUAAUAUGGAGACACCGGCGCCACCGGACUUUGGUAGAUCAGAAUAUAUACCAACAGAUGUUGGAACAAAAGAACGGUUUAUAGAUUUCCGCACAGAAGGCGGAGAAUUCACAAACCCAUCGAGACCUUCACCCAACGACAAUGGACUUUACACUGAGUUUGAAUUCACCGUUGAUGUUGCUGUUCCUAGUGCAUCUGGCCUUCAAUGGCAAAGACCAGCUGAAAUUUGUCAAAAUCCAGCUUUGUUUACUGACGGUACCACACGAUUUGAUAUUGGACAAGGUAGAGUUGGAACCUGUUGGUUUUUGUCUAUGGUGGCAAAUAUUGCAGAUAAACCAAGGCUGUUAGAACGCGUGGUUCCAGCUAGAGAUUAUAAGAUCGGUACCAAUGACUAUGACGGUGUCUUUCAUUGUCGCUUUUGGAGAUUUGGACACUGGAGCGAGAUUUAUAUAGAUGACAAAUUACCCACAUCCGGUCGGGGACUUUAUGGAGCUCACUCUAAUACCGAUCCUAACGAAAUGUGGGUGGCUCUUCUCGAGAAGGCGUUCGCACGAAUGUAUGGGAGUUACGAUGAGGUAUCAGGUGGAAGAACAGCCGAUGCCUUUAUGAACCUUACUGCCGGUGUAGGAGAAGCAAUUAAGUUUGAAACGAUGAAAAUGUCUUCUCAACAAUUGUUUCGGAGACUUAAAAAUGCAUUCCAGUCACCGACUACAAUGGUUGGCUGUGUUUGUCCGCAAGAAAGUGAUGGCCAGCAUGGUUUAGUUGGAGGUCAUGCGUACUCAAUGAAUGGAACAUACCAGGUAGGAGAUAAUAUGUUGGUUCGUAUACGUAACCCAUGGGGAAGACAGGAAUGGAACGGACCAUGGAGUGAUGGGAGUAACGAGAUGACUCAGUAUGGAGGUUCCAUUCCCCAUCCAAAUAAAGAUGACGGAGAAUUCUAUAUGGAUGUCAAUCAUUUCCUCGAGUAUUUUGAACAAUGCACCAUUUGCAAUCUAACACCAGACGUUGACAGAGAUGGAACAGCAGAUACGCUAAACUAUGUGACAUCCUUAUUUGGUAAUUGGCGAAGAGGGAAAGCUGGAGGCUUCCAAAGCAAACUACAAAAUCCACAGUUCUGUGUUACAGUGAGUGAUCAAGAGGCUGAUAGGGAUGGCAAUGUUCCGGUUGUGGUACAGAUAGUACAGAAAACAUCGGACAGGCAGGAUGAUAAAGUCGGGAUUAGGGUAGAUCUAUAUAAGGUUUUACAUGAAGACUCCGAUAUAAUUGUUCUUGACGAGUUAGGAGAUAAAAACAAUAUGUAUUUGAUAGACUUUAGUUCGUGCUACAGAUUUAAUGUGAAACCUGGUAAAUACGUGGCGGUACCUUCUACUAUGGAUAGUUGUGACAAAGAUCCUAGAGUCCUUAAGGAAUUUCUGAUUCGAUUCUUCACGGCUGGACCAUUGACGAAUCCUUUUGAAAUACAAGACAGUACAACAGUAAUGACUGGGAAGGGACCCGACAUGGAGGUGGAUGGAAGCGUCUUACAGUUAGGUUGUUCACAAUGUAUUACUGGAAAAUUUGUGAGCGGACGCAAUGCUGGAGGACAGAUUUCAUGCCAUGAUACUUUUGCAACAAAUCCACAGUUCUUCAUUACAAUUAAUGAGCCACAAAGUGUAAAGGUGGAAGUCAUGCAACCCGAUCAAAAGAAUGGUUUCCCAAUUGGGAUUAAACUGUUUGAGACUGACAGAAGUAGUUUUCAGUCGGAUUAUAACUGGUUUGCUCAGAAUUACAACAAUGCCGUACGUGAUAUGAGUGGAAAUGAUGGACCAUUCUCAUACGGAAGCAGUGUGGAUUGUGGGUAUAAAUUACAACCUGGAACAUACGUACUGCUGAUUCAUGCUAAUGGGCCUGAAGAUCAAAAUGAUUUUGCAGUUGCAAUAUAUUCAGAAAGUCCGGUUGAAAUAGAAUCCAGUAAUUUGUAACCACAACAAGAUCUGGUAAUUUAUAACAACAACAGAGCUACGAAACAAACUGUGAUAUUUAUUUUAAGAGACAAUUAUUUUGUUAAUUUCAUACCUUAUUUUGUAUACACUCUUGUUAUCAGUAUUACUAAAAUAUUUAUUUCUUGUUA